AUGGUGACGGAAAGUGCCUACUGCGCUAGUAAAUACGCGCCACCGGUUUGCUCGGCUUAUCCAGCGGAGUGCACAGUGAUGUGGCUGCGGUUGUAUAUUGUAAUACUUUUGGGAGUUACAGUGUUGUUUGGAUGUACGGAUUCUGUCGAUGUAAAUUUACCCCGGUUCGUUGGCCCGGGGUCCAACGUGACAGUCACGGUCGGCCGGGACGGCGCCCUGACUUGCACAGUUGACAAUUUACAGAGCUUUAAGGUGGCGUGGUUGCGCGUGGACACACAGACGAUCCUCACGAUCGCAGGCCACGUGAUAACGAAGAACCACCGCAUCAGCGUCCAACAUGGCGACGGCUCGUGGACGCUGGGCCUGCGUGACGUCAGCGUCGCGGACGCAGGCCGGUACAUGUGCCAAGUGAACACGGAGCCCAUGAUGACCCAAACUCACCUGCUACACGUCGUUGUACCUCCUGAUAUCGACGAUGAGGUCAGCAGCAGUGAAGUACUAGUUAAGGAAGGGGAGAGUGCCUCUCUUCGGUGCGUGGCCUCCGGCUUCCCUACGCCUAACGUCACCUGGAGGAGGGAGGACUCUAGGCAUUUCAAAAUAGACAACCAGACACUGGUAUCGAGACACAGCGGCGAAUGGCUGAACCUGACGGCGCUGGAGCGAGUGACGUCGGGCGCGUACCUCUGUAUAGCGACCAAUGGCGUACCACCCUCGGUCAGCAAGAGGAUUCCAGUGAACGUCAUGUUUACACCAUCAGUGUGGGCGGGUCGAGUCGCAAUCCGUGCUUUAGUUGGCACAUCUGCGACACUGACGUGCACUGCUGAGGCGUAUCCCGCUCCUCAAACCUACUGGAUCCUGAACGGCGAACAGAGGCUGGUAAAUGGAUCAAAAUACAGACUCGGCAAACUAUCGAGGGGGUAUCGCCAUACUUUAACGCUGCAAGUUAACGACAUGUCCAGGGAAGACGCUGGCUCGUACCGGUGUCACGUUGAAAACAGUUUAGGCAAAGUACAAGCAGAGCUGUUCCUACACACCCUGACCACGAAUUUUUUUCCAGUGUUGACGACAACCACGACCACCACGACAACGACGACGACCACGACAACGACACCGCCGCCCACCACCACCAUGCAGUCAUAUGAUGCAGAGAUGCAUCUCGAGCAGUUGCACCGAGGAGUGUUGGAGGAUCCAACGCUCGAAGACUCCUACAUUGUCCUCAGCCAACACCAAAUGCAGAAUCUUGAAAUGGUGACGACGAUGUGACCUGAGACGCGGGGAUCCGCCGAGUCCCCGUGGGGCGAGAGCUGGCCUCUACCUGACGCGGCGACCCGCCACGA